AUGGCCGCCAGAAUGGUCCGGAUCGGUCGCCUUAUCUCACGUCGGUGGACGAAGACUAUUGUCCUAGUGUCAAUUGUGCUUUCGUUGUUUGUAUCAUCUGGUUAUUUUGCGAAGCAUCAAAGGCUCGAUCCGGGUCAACUUCAACUUGGAGAUGAGCACCUUAUUCUCGAAACUCGCGACCAAUACAAUGGCCAACGAUUGACAUGGAAAGAUGCUGAAGCCCAGGGCAAACAAUUGUACUGUGCAAUGACUGCCGCACCGCAAGACACAGCUGGGUGCUUCAAAACCGGGACAAAGAUACAGAGCACUAGUGAAUUUACUCAGUAUGGGGAUUUGGCUAAAUGGGGUUGGGUUGAAAAGAAAUCUUCUUCAGAGGUUGAUGAUUGUGGCUUUGGCGGAUUCAAUGACUUCGGUGACCCAGAGGCCCUAGAUAUUACCAAGAAUCUCGAGCCAGUCUUUCAAUAUUUGGAGGUCAAUCUAGCCGCCGUCGAUGUCUACACCGAGAAAAUUGAGUGGGUACAAUCGAAUACUGUGACGAUAGAAGGUGUGACGUACGGUGCAACCAACGGACUUUAUGCAAACCUCUUCAAUGUACAAAGUGGUUUCAUCAUUGCGGACGUCAUUGAGAGUCCUGCAUUCCGCUCCAGUACUAGUUCUCACCCGGUUGAGCAUUUAGUCAAGCUUGAGAAAUGGUCGGAUGUCACGUUUCUACAAUGGAAAAAGUCAUGCGUCGAGAAAAAGAAGCCAGUCACCGACUUGAAAUACGUGAUACAAAAUUCUAUCACCAACGUUGACACGGUGGCUAUUCUACGGGAAGCCCUUGGAAAACCAAACGAUUUCGAUGGAUGGGGGGACUACAGAGACAAAUCCAAAUUCAAAACGUUCGACGCUACUUCCAAUGCCGCUGCAUUCGAUGCUUUGCUUAGAACCCCUAACGUUCGAGGGACUGCUUAUAUGCUUAUCCAACACAAGGAUGCUUUCGGAGGGUCAUGGAAAGUCUCUAGCAUUACACUUUUCGGCCAAGUGAAUGGCAACUGGAAACCAGGACUUAUUAUAGAAGUUGAGCCUGUUCACUAA